UGCUCAUAGUGAAAUGUCUCCGAGGACGAGGGACACCAGAGACUCCACCCUGUACCUAGACUCAGCCUGGGACAGUUAACACACAAGCUAUGCUCUCUCCCUUCAAGUUGAAGGUUGAAUUAAUGGUAGGAUUCAUCCCUGAAGCUAUUUUGCUGUGUGCUCCCCCUCCCCCCCGUUUUUUUCUUUUUUCAUUCUGAAAAGGGCAGCGGGAUCUCAACCAGUUCUCGUGGCGGAGGCAGCAGAGGUAAGUGGCCAAGAACACCAGCUCUGGAGUCAGCCAGUCUGGAGCCCCGCACCUCAACCUUCCUGAAGGAACACCAGCCUCAGCACUGGCCUGCCUCACGGAAGUGAAGACAGUUUCUGUCGCAUCCAUGUUCUAUGAAGCUUCGCAGAGAAGCAAUCGACCAGUUGGAAUGCAGGGGAAGCUUCAAAAGUCACUCAGAUGCCAGCUAGCCUUGCAGGGGUGCUAGGGAGUGGCCUUACGACCGACCAACCGCUUUCUGCUGCCUUCUACCAUGAUCCCAAGGCCAAGAAGCCACCUGUUAAGUGGCCAGCCGGCAGCCUCCGUGCAGUCCAUUCCGGUAGCCCAGUGUGAUUGCAGCGCCUGCCACCACCCAGACAGGAAGCCUCCCAGAGCAGACAGAGAGCUGCAGUAAUCCUGAGGUUCAGAGAGCCGGCUGGAGAGGCAGCCUCAGCCCAGGAGCCCGGUGACAGAGCAAAGGCCACCAAGCAGACUUCAUCCCCCUUGGGAGCAAGUGGAGCGGAAGAGAGCCCCCAGCCUGCCCGCUCUUCAGUGCUGGGCGUCCCACCACCAGUCGCCGCUGAGCCAUGGCUGAAGGGGAGAUCACGACCUUUGCAGCUCUGACCGAGAGGUUCAACCUGCCUAUUGGAAACUACAAAAAGCCCAAACUGCUCUACUGCAGCAAUGGGGGCCACUUCUUGAGGAUCCUUCCCGAUGGCACAGUGGACGGGACAAGGGACAGAAGCGACCAGCACAUUCAGCUGCAGCUCAGUGCGGAAAGUGCAGGCGAAGUGUAUAUAAAGGGGACGGAAACCGGCCAGUACUUGGCCAUGGACACCGAAGGGCUUUUAUACGGCUCGCAGACACCAAAUGAAGAGUGCCUGUUUCUGGAAAAGCUGGAAGAAAACCACUACAACACUUACACCUCCAAGAAGCAUGCGGAGAAGAACUGGUUUGUGGGCCUCAAGAAGAACGGGAGUUGUAAGCGCGGUCCUCGGACUCACUAUGGCCAGAAAGCCAUCUUGUUCCUGCCCCUCCCGGUAUCUUCCGACUAGAGGAGUCUGCUCUGGGUGCUCCCUAUUUUGGUUGACCCUAAAGUGUUCCCCUGACCAUUGGCUGCGCUAACCCUCAGCCCACAGAGCCUGAAUUUGUAAGCAGUGCUUCUAAAUAGCCAGUUUACUUCUCUGCUGAACCCUUCCCUACCACCCCAGCACAGUUUGGAACAAAGGGACCAAAUUGCUUCUAGGGGACAACUGGCUGGCCAGUCUAGGUCUGGGUUUGGAUAUCCAGAUGCCUCAGGGCACCUGCUACAAGCUGGACCUCAUGGUGCAAAGAUGGGGGGUCACGUGAAGUAUCCAGAGGGGUGUAAGAAGUGGGUACUUUUAGCAUGCUCUCUCCCCUUCUGUGUAAUCCCUGGUUUUUGAGUACCCCAGGCAAUUAGCAUGACUACAGCACCUCACAAAUAUCAGUAAAGCAACUGAUAGUGAGGCUGAAGGAAUUUCAUGAGAAAGAAAAAAAUAAAAUUCCCCCCCCACCACCCCAUCCCCACGUACAGAUGAGACUUAAAACCAAAAGGGAGGGUGGCGUUUCCGUGGACAGCCUAGAAGCAUGGGAUCUCAGGACAGGGUAAGAAGGCAAGGCUCAGCCACGGGGAGUCAGGAUGAACCCACAGCCCAGCAGUCAUUACCAAGUUACCAAGGAAACGUUGCAGUCAGGGAAAGAGCCCGGAAAUGGUUUCUUAAUAAUGGAAAGCACAGAGAUCUGGGGUCUGAAGAGUGGGUGUCGGAGCAAGGAGACAGGAAGGGUGUCUUCAGCUGUGGAUGUUAGCCGCUAGGAAGGUGUUAGAUGGGAGGAGGAGGAAAGAAAAAAUGACACCAUGUCACUGUAUGCUUGGCCACCACGAAACUAGGGCUUGGGCCCAGUACGAUGGCCCCAAAUUGCUCAUGCAUUCAGAUCAUCUGUAUUUAGAUUCAUUUGUAUGAAUAUGACACCUGAUUUGGUGGGACUGGCGUGGGGGAGUUCUGUGUUUUGAAAAGGGUCCCAGGUCCCAUAGAUGCUGCUGGCUCCCCCCCCCCCCCAUGCUUUCAAGAGCAGCCCCAGAGAAUGCUAUUCAAAUGUCACCCUGUCACCCUCUCCUGCCUCCGAGUCUGGGUUUCCCUGAAUAGCCAUUCAGGCCGUGUGCACAGUAGUUCAGCAUGAUUUCAAGGCACCUCGGCCCGGAGCCUAUGAAAUGCCCACUUAGAAGUCACUGAAACCAUACUUCAAAACACAUUAAACCUCACCAAAAGCUUUUCCCAAGAGACCAAUUCUGCUACCAUUAAUUCUCCAAACUGGCUUCCUCCUUAAAGUAAACUCGACCCGGGUGACCAGCAAAUUAGAAACACUAUUCAUCUCUGCCAGAGGACACAAAUGCCGUGAGAAGGCCUUUCAUACGCCAAUCCAGUAUACUGUGAGACUUAGGUUUUCGUCGCAUUUUAGAUAGCUUGAAGGCAUUAAAUGGAUCCACAAUCAGCCACAGAGAAUAGCAGCAUGGGAUGUAAAAGCUCCUUAGUUAUCCAACACACUGUGUUCAUUCAUGAGACCUUGCCUCUGUCUUCUACUGUGCUUUAAGAAUGGGUACCUAGGGGCUGGUGAGCUGGCUUAGCAGUGAAGAGUACACACUGCUGUUGUAAGGGACAGGAGUUCAGUUCCCAGCUCUCACGUCCUGAUGCUCCAAUUCUAACUCCAACUCCAGAGACAUGAUGUCCUCUUCUGGCCUCCAGGGCUUCUGCAUGCACAUGUACAAACCCACACUCAUACACACGUUUUCAAAAAUAUAAACCAAUGAUAUGGUGGUUGUAGAUUAAAACUGAUGAUAGUGUUCGCUUGUUUGACGGGGAAUUUAAAGUAACUAUUUGCAGGGAAAAAACAUCCUUAUAACAACACUGUCAUAUUUUAGCAUGGAAGUCAGAUGAUACUCUUGAGGGUUCAGAGUGCUAACGGAGGAACUAGACUGAGUUAUUUCACAACAUGAUUAAUAACAAUGUUCUUUUAGAUAUGGUGACGCACACCUUUAAUCCCAGCACUCAGGAGGCAGAGGCAGGUGGAUCUCAGUAAGACGGAGGCCAACCUGGCCUACACAGUGAGUUCCUGGAUAACCAGGGGUAUACUGAAAGACCCUAUAUCGUUUUUUUUUUAAUAAUGGUUUGCUCUUUUACAAAAAGAUGAUUCAUGACGUUUUAAAGUCUAUAACUUAAAUAAUAUGGUUAUGUUCUGUUUUAGUAAAUCGUAGGCACACUGGUGAUAAUACAGUAUGGUUUCCCAUGUCUUUAUAAGAUGAUGUAGCCAGGAAAAGUAUCCAGAGAUGAAAUCUAUACUAUUUAGAAUAGUGGGUAGUAUUUUUGUUUUGUUUUGUUUUUUCUCAAAUGAACCAAACACAAGUAUAAUACUGACCAAGGCAAAUUAAAAACCACUGCACUGAGGAUGAAAUGGAGUCUGAGACCUCAGAGACUCAAAGCUCCGAUGAUGCUCAGUGCAGCUUAACCAUCAACCUAGUCACAGUCCGUGUAUUUGCUCAACAUACACUGCAGACCCAGUGUCUAUCAGGUACCGAAUAUGGCCUCUGGGGACAAUGUCUGUCAGGUGUCCUUUCCCUGGGCACAAAUUUGUAAAGAGAGAUGCUGUGGAUUCAUUUCUUUCAGUCAAAUCAAAACAUGGACUUCAUAGUUUCCUACUGAAUCAAUACUAUGUUCUAGAAAACCCCAACAGUCAAUAACACCGCCCCACCACCAACAAAGUGAUAGACACAAGCUUUGCAAUGUAAACCCAGGACUUUCAAUGUUAGUAUUCUCAGAGGAGUGGACUAGUUUCAAAUCAGGAAGGGAAAAAAAAAAAAAAACUGUCUAACCUUGCAGAAAGGGAGCAGAGAGCCAGUCCCUGUGCUGUUGGGAACGUUGAUCAUAGAAACAUUCGGUUGUGAACUCUCUUCUAUAACUAAGCCUGAGACCACCUGCUUGUCACAUGCCUCCCGCGUGCACUCAGUUCCAAGCUGACUGCACGGUGUCCAACACUCACUACAAACUGUGAGGAGCAUAUGGGCGUUUGACAGUUAGUGACACACUAGAUAUAGAGCUGGGUGUUUUCCGGAUGGCCCGCAGUGUGUCCAUACAAAAAAUCCUAACUGGUACAUCAGCUGCCAUCGAAGAUGAGGCCCCUGCUCUGCACUGAAGGCCUCAGCUCUGCAGAGAACACUGCCUAAAGCAAUCACGGUCCCUGGCUGGCUGCAAAGCAGGUUCUGAUGGAGAUGACGCCUGUCAUUCACUCUGCGCCCACACUGUAUUACACUCUGCACCUUAUCGAUAUUAAUAAAUGUUGUAUU